GUCCCUCCUCUCUCUAUCUUUGCUCACCCUCACACACGCACGCGCCUUAUACACUUUUGUUUUCUUAGGACUUUUACAUACUAGUCUAGCAAACAUCUAACAAUGGAAGAUGAUGACUAUUACUAUGGUACUGAACCGCCGCAGCAGCAGCGGGCACUUGAACAGCAAUUCGGCAACAUGCAUCUCAAUGCAACGUCGUCGACCGACCGUGUCAUUUGUGGACCUCUUUUACGGUACAUUGGGAUUGACUAUGCUACUCGCACGUACCGCGCCUCGUGCCUCUUGGUGUGCACCGACACACAGCCACCCCCUUUACAAAUCCAUUUGCGCAAUGACCAAAACGAAUCUCAUGCCAUUCAAUCCCAAGGCGAGCUUUUAGACGUGUUUCGCAGCCAAUACCACUUUUGGCGCUACGAGUUGCGCCUACCGCUGACGUCGUCACGACAAAUCGUAACAUAUUCAAGUGAUGCGUUUAGCCCUCAAGAGUUCCACUUGCCUGCCUAUAACGAGUCGAUGCGGUUCAUGUUUUAUUCGUGCAGUGGGUUCUCGGAUAUCCCGCAAGAGACAAAGGACAAAUUUGGUGAAAAGGAAAACCCGUUGUGGGCAGAUGUGUUGGACCGACACAACGUCAUGCCGUUCCAUGUAUUGCUGGGCGGUGGCGACCAGCUUUAUCAGGACAGACUGAUCAAGGAGGAUUUCAUGAAGCCCUGGACGGAUGAAAAGCACCCUUCCAAACGACUGGCAAUGGACUUGUCAACUGAGAUGCGCGAAGGAUUGGAAAAGUUUUUCUUUUGGAAUUAUGUCCUGAAUUUUGGAGCUAAAGGAAACCCGGUCGUCGCCAAGGCCUAUGCGACUAUACCCUCUGUGAAUAUGUGGGACGAUCAUGACAUUAUUGACGGCUAUGGAUCAUAUCCCGCUGACAUGCAAAGUAGUAGCAUGUUUCAAGUGCUAUUCGCUAACGCGUGUCGAUUCUACUACCUAUUCCAACACCACACGACAAUGGAAUUGGCACCCCGUCAUGGUAUGCUCCGCGGGUCCUUGCCUACUUGCAACCAUAUUGUCACAACACUUGGACCGGAUAUUGCUCUAUUGGCACUCGAUUGUCGUGGCGAGCGUACCAAGUAUGAUGUAUGCCGACCCAAAUCGUACGAUAUUGUCUUUACAGAGAUCUAUCGGUCCAUUCCACCCAGUGUCAAGCACUUGCUGGUCGUAACUGGCGUACCACUCAUCUAUCCACGUCUAUCGACGUUCGAAAGUGCCAUGGAAGGGAUUUCUACGUUCAAUCUUGCUACUAUUGCUGGUAAAACAGGUGCCCUCGGCAGUGUCAUCAGUGGACCACUCAACAAGUGGAACGGUGACCCGGAACUCUUGGAUGAUAUGAAUGAUCAUUGGACUGCAGGAAAUCACUUAUUGGAGCGCAAAAAGUUUAUCGAGAAAUUGCAAUUAUAUGCUCGUGAAAAAUCAGCCCGGGUUUCGUUUUUGGGAGGCGAUGUUCAUUGCUGUGGAGCAGGUCGCCUUUACUCCAAAGAUAUGAGAGACAAGGAAGAAGGCGACCCAUUCUUUAUGGUGCAAAUCAUUUCGAGUGCCAUCAUCAAUAUACCACCUCCACAGGCUCUGCUUACCAUCCUCAACCAAAACUCGACCUACAACACAUUCAACGGAAACGUCGAGGAGAAAAUGUACAAGAUUUUUAUAAAGUCGCCUAGUGGGAAUACGCGUCAAAACACAAAGUUGAUGGGCAGACGCAAUUACUGCGCUGGUUACUUUGACGACGAAAAGGGAACAAUGAACUUUUGGAUCCAAGCAGAGAAAAAUGUAGGACAAAAGGGUACGAUGGGCUACCAUGUCAAUGUUCCAAAGUUGAUUUUCGGCGAAGCUGGUCAUAACCAGGCAACGAUGAGCAAGGAGCAGCUGCUUCAGGUCUUUAUUGAAAGACAACAGCGCCAGCCGCCACAGCAGCAGCAGCAGAUAGAGCAGCACAUGAUGCCUCAGCAGCACCAUCACCAUCAUCAUCCGCAUAUUCCCCACCAUAUCGGAGGCUUUUUCAAACAAUAAAAAAAAAUCAUGUACCUCUUUGAAAAGCACCAAUGGGAUUACAGCGAGGUCUGAAUUUUUUUCAACUUCUUGAGCAUAUAU